AUGGGCGACCACAUCUGUGGUGGUGGUGCAGGCGGUGGCGCCAGCGGUGGUGCCAACUCUAUAGAUGCGUUCACACCUUUGUAUAAAGGCAUACAUGACAAAAUCAGUGUACCACCAGUGGACACUGCCAUGGCCAGUCCGUCGAGCGCCUCACUCUACCCUUCCCCUCUUCAGUCUACUGACAUUCAUUCCACAGAUCGCAGUUAUUCGCGACAGCCAUUGACACCACUCAGUUUCUCCAGUGGCUCAAGAAGCGUGUCACCCAGAACACCAGGUGCUCGUCCAAGUAUCGGCAGGGCCGACGACUACUUUGCACCAAGUAUCGCCAGCGACGACCAGAAUCCUUCUCAGACGAGGAGAUCUGGAGGCUAUGGUGGCUUUGGUGAUACGGAAUUGUACCCUGCGUAUGCGCCAGCAAGCCCGCAGAAAAAGGCACCAAGCCUGCUCAAUCGCAUGGACGAUAUCGCCCCGGGCCCCUUCGGAAGCGGACAAUCGGCAUCGCCGCCUAGAAACAGAUUCGGAGGCUCCCCACCGCGGCGACCGUAUGAUGAGGUUGAGCGACCUGGUACUUCGGCGUCAUCUGGUAGCAAUGGAGCUGGGAGCAUGGGUCCGCCUAGAGUUCCGAGGAAGAAUGGUUACGGUGGUUUUGGUCCUCCGCAAAGAGAUGACCAGGACACAGAUUCGUUUGGUGGCCCUAACCGUUCCAAGACGUUCCCCAGGCCGAGCGAGGAACUCGAACCGCCACUGCGUACACCCUCUGCUCCUGGUCCGCGGCCAGACCGGUAUGACAAGUACCGGAACCCUUCAACGGAUAUGAGUGUUCGCAUGGGUCCGGUCACAACCCGUGCACCUCCACCGCGGACGAGCCUCGUGCGCCCCCCAACGUCUGGAGGGAACGCUCCAAGCAUCAACCUCGCGGAAGAGUUCGGAGACAUGAAUCCGUAUCAUUCACCCUCAGUGUCCGUGUCAUCAUCGCUCUCACAGGGCUCCAGUCAACCCAGCUAUCCAAGCUCGAGCACGAGUCCUGCUCGCUCUACGGCAUCGGCGCGCAAGCCUUCCAACACUUCUGGGUUCGAUAACCUGAUGAGUGACAUACAGGCGUCCAUGGAUGAGCUGAGCCCGAGGGAGAUGAAUCAGUCAGGAAGCCCUGAGCGGAGGCAGGCGCCGAUGAACGACGAGCGAUAUGAUCCUGCCAUACAAGGAGGGCGGACCCCGUCGCCACCUUCCUCUAGCCUCGAGCACCUCAGCAUCGACGCGAACCGACUCUUCGGGGCUCACGAGGAAACUGCAAGGGAUGUGGUGAUGCCAUUGUGGGCAAGUCUAUUUCCAGCGCUGACGGACGACUAUCUGGCCGUUACCAUAAAGCGUGCUUCGUAUGCACAGAAUGCCGGGAGCCUUUCCAGACGGCGGAAUUCUACGUGCAUGAGGAUCAGCCGUACUGCAAACGCCACUAUCACCAGGUCAAUGGCAGUGUUUGCGGAUCAUGCCGGGAUGGCAUUGAAGGACAGUACCUCGAAGAUGAAAGCACCAAGAAGUACCACGUACAAUAGCAUAUUGCGAGAAAGACGCGUUCAGGCGGCUGCAGCCCCAGACAUACAGAAGAAGCCCCUCGAUGAGCUCGCAACGGAGCUAUGGGAGAGGAUUAGCACCGUCAGCGCCCAUGCCCAGAAUGGAGAAGAGGAGGACAAGGCUAGGAAUGAUGUGAGCGCCCUCGAGGCUGCACAUCGCUAG